CAAGCGUGGAAGAAGCUCUUGUCACUUGUGCAGAGAUACCCUUCGCUUCUGGAAGCUCAUCCAUCAUGGAGCCGUCCCAUGCGCGCUUUUAGGGCAGCCCUCGAUCAGGAAAAGUGGAGGGAAGUGUUCAAAGGUGGAGGCGCAAGAUUCUGCAAGCUUGAAGAAGCGCGGCUGGAGAGAGAAGAAGCAAAUUGAAUAACUGGGUUGUUGUGAUCCAACGGCUUGUUCCUUGAAAGUUGAUGUGGCACCUAGCUGGUUCGCUCUGGAGUGUCUGAAGCUGCAGCAGCACACGAGAACGGGACGGCAGUGCGAGGACGUUUUUGCUUCUUCGAAGCAUUCCCGGAGCAUUGUUUUGCAAGGGUCAACUCAAAUAAGGCAGUCAGCUGACAGCUAGGCGAGCUUUAAGUCCACUUCAUCUCUGCAUGCUCAUCGCUUCCAAGAGAAGCUCAGGACAAGUGUGAAGGAGUCAGUGCGGGACGAGCUUGGGCAACUAGAAAGCCUAUCCAAAACUCUGUCGACUGAAGCUGGCAUGGCAUGCUGACCAUCAAUAAGAUGAAGUCCCUUUCAUGAGAAGCUAGAAACUUUGAAAGCCCGCACAAGGCUGUCGCCCUUUCUUACUUCUUCAGUCGCCAGCACCAAUCUGGUUCAUGGAAGAUGAGCUUCCCUCGAUUCCGACUGCUGAAUUGGUGGAAGUCAUCCAUACACGACGCUUCAAAUUCCGCUCCGUCUCAGUCGCUAGUAUACUUACACAGCUGGUUGGACGAGCGCUGAGUCUUUUACAGGCUGGGGAGUCAGCGCAGAGUCCUGCCACGGCCUUUGCUGAUGAAUUCGAUGAUGGGGCGGCCGAGCUGGAGGCGAUUGAAGCUGAGCUUGAGGCCUUGUAUGAUAUCCGAGUGUGCACCUUUCUGGUGUCACUGCUAAGCUCGGCCUCUGCAAGCACGCGCGUGCUGGCUGGGGCCACGUACUUGCUGGCAAUGAUGACAGCAGGGAAGGGAAGCAAUGCUGAGGAGUGGAGGAUGCAGAUGACUAAAGGGUGCGGGAUCCUGCGCCUGGUGGCCCUGCUGUCCGCCCAGAGCAGCUCCGUGCGCUUCAACGCGCUCCUCGUCCUCGUGAACUUCCUGCGCCACUGCCCCGCCAGCCACAAGGAGGUGCUGCGGCUGGGGGCGCUCCGCAAGUUUGCGCUCCUGCUGGAAGAGGCGGAGGACGAGCCGCAGCAGAACCUGUGCGCCGACGCGUUCGAGUGCCUGGCGCGUUCGGAGGUGCCGGCAAUGCAGGGGGAGUUGCUGCAGACAGGCUGUAUGGCCAAAAUAGUGUCAUGGUUGGGCUGUGCCAGCAGCGACCGGGUGGCUGGAAAGGUCCUCAAGUCCCUAGCUGGGAUGGUGGAGUGGGACGGGCCUUUUGACACCAGCCUGGCAGUGGGUCUCCAGCUUGCGGGGCCGCUUAUGGCGCUCGUUAGAGGCACGGGCUCGACGGCGCUGCGUGCGGUCGCCCUGGAAGCUCUCGCCACCAUCUGCGCAGCGCCAGAGCAUGGUCCCCGUCACCGCGAGGAGUGCCGUGCGCAGGGGUGCGUCUUGCUGCUGGUCGGUCUGUUGGAGAGCGCCAACGACAGGGAAACACUUGUCCAGGUGCUCAACUUCCUGGCCGUCCUCGCCGCCCUCGACCCCCGCUGCCGCGAGGAGAUCUGCAACAGCAGCUGCCAGUACCAGCUGCAGCGCUUCGUGCGGCCGCCCGGCCUGACGAGCCCCCGCAAGAGCUACGCGGCCGUCAUAAAAGAGGAGAAAAAGCCCGGGAGCGACGCGCCGCUCGAAGUGGACGAGACGCUGGUGGCCGAGGAGCAUGCGGCCCUGGUGCACUUCCUUCUGCAGAUCUGCUCAACGAAGCGUCCUCUUCACUUUCCGGAGUGCCGUGACAAGGUGUCCUCGCCUGUGAAAAUUGGAGCCAAGAUUGCGGCUCGCGUCGGUGCUGAUUAGCGGCUCCAGUCGGCUAUGUGUAUAUACACUGCACCGGCUUAUACCAUAUGAAGGCAGUUCCGCCGCAUCUUAGAAGCACUUGCUGGGAAGUUGCACAGAUAGUCCCAGGUGUACAUAUACUGUAACACGCACUCAACAUACUCGCAGGGGUGAGGUUUUUAACACACUUCAGGCUCGAUCCUACCCCAGACACUCAGUAGCCACUAGAUUCUUUUAUUCUUUACAUUGAAUCUCACCCGUCUGGAGUGCGGUCUUGCGAAGCAGGUUCAUCCUGCCAAGUUUUGGCGCUCCAGAAACGCUGGAAGUGACAUUUAAACAAAUGGUACACAAGAGGUAGCUUCAUUACUUUGUCAACCUGUUACUUUUGAAGCAAUGUACACUAAGGCUGAUGAGGGCAGGCUGUAAUUUGAGAAAGCGGAAGCUCUUGGGCCCUAUUUCUAAAGCUAUCGGACAUCUCUUCUUGUUCUGAACUGUCGCGACAUGGACUGAUUGCAUCCCUCCAAUGGUAAUUGCUUGUAUAGAAAGUUCUGUCCCUUUGGAGAG